AUGGCGGCAUCUCGGCGUCUCCGGGAGCUGCAAUCCCAACCUGGCAACAAGAUCUGCGUCGAUUGCUCCCAGAAGAAUCCACAGUGGGCUUCAGUCUCCUACGGCAUCUUCAUGUGCCUUGAGUGCUCCGGCAAGCACCGUGGCCUCGGAGUCCACAUCUCGUUCGUCCGAUCUGUCACCAUGGAUGCCUGGUCCGAAAUUCAGAUCAAAAAAAUGGAGGCCGGUGGUAACGACAGUCUUAAUACCUUCCUCGCACGGUAUUCAAUUCCCAAGGAAACCGAUAUCGUCACUAAGUAUAACACCAACGCUGCUUCGGUUUAUCGUGACAGGAUCCAGGCGAUCGCGGAAGGUCGAUCAUGGCGCGAUCCGCCGGUUGUUAAGGAGAUUAUUGGUUCCGGAAAGGGGAGGCCGCCGGUGUCACAGACUCGCCGGAGUAGCGAUUCCGGAUGGGAUGAUUGGGGUAAAGAAGGAAAUUCUGGAGGUUCGGUUGAUGUGAGGAGUAAGUCGACUGGGGAUUUUAGAAGCUUGAACGGUAGUGGUGCGCCGACGAGAUCGAGGUCGACCGAGGAUAUUUACACGCGAUCGCAGUUGGAGGCGUCUGCGGCUAAUAAGGAGGGUUUUUUCGCAAAGAGGAUGGCGGAGAAUGAGUCGCGGCCGGAAGGACUUCCUCCGUCGCAGGGUGGGAAAUAUGUUGGAUUUGGAUCCAGUCCUGCGGCUUCUUCGAACAGGAGUAAUCCGCAAAAUGACUAUUUCUCAGUCGUUUCUCAGGGGAUUGGUAAGUUGUCAUUGGUUGCUGCUUCUGCUGCUAAUGUUGUUCAGGCUGGCACCAAAGAGAUCACUUCUAAGGUCAAGGAAGGUGGUUAUGAUCAAAAGGUCAACGAAACUGUCACUGUUGUCAGUCAAAAGACAUCAGAGAUCGGUCAAAGGACUUGGGGUUUAAUGAAAGGGGUCAUGGCUUUGGCUUCACAGAAAGUUGAGGAGUACACUAAAGAAAACUCCGAUUGGAAGGCUGAUAACUGGCAACGAAAUGAGAGCGGUAGAAAUGGCUACUAUCAGGAUUUCAAUCAAGAGAACAAAGGCAAUUCUUCUACUGGAAGAGAACAGUCUUCAUCAGGGCAAUUCAAAACUCACAGUUCAAACUCUUGGGAUGAUUGGGACCAGAAAGAUAGUUUGAAGGAAGAACCAGCUAAAGGAUCGGCUCCCCAUAAUAAUAACGAUGCUGGUUGGGCUGGCUGGGAUAACGCCAAAGAUGAUGGAUUUGAUAACUUCUAUGAUGGUACAUCUAAUAAGAAAACUGUUGGACAUAAUGGGAAAUCAGAUGACGCUUGGACUGGGGGUGGCUUUCUCUAA